ACCCGACGCCCUGAUAAAUGCGACGGACAUAGGAACCGUAUCAGUCAGAGAACAGUGUGGAGACGCGGAAAGAUCAGCUCUCUGGUAAACAUGGGGCAGAAAUUUGGAGAGUUGGCCCACAUCAGGCAUGUGAUCACAUACAGCUUGUCCCCCUUUGAGCAGAGGGCUUUCCCCAACUUCUUCUCCAAGACACUCCCCAAUACAUGGAGAAGGUUCACAGGCUCUUUCUUCAGAGUUGCUCCCCCAAUGAUCCUCGGGUUGAUGGUCUACAGCUGGGGUAACAGCGUCCAUAGGCAGAGCAAGAGGAAGAACCCUGCUGACUUCGAGAACGACCAGUAAACUGCUGCCAUCUUUCUGAAACCUAUCUUCAUUUCUGAAUUCCAACUCUGUAUGCUUAACCAAUAAAGAUAAAAAAAUAAACAUGGGAAA